AUGAACUUCGACGCCCUCCAAGCAAAUAAUGGCUACCUCGACUCCCAGAACUCGCUCAUCGACCCGUCCAUGUUCAGCAACAACAACAUCGACCUGAACGCCUUUCAGAAUCCCCAGCUCCAGCAGCAGCGCCUCCAGAACGGCAACGUGCGCAAUGCCUCGCCCGCUGCCUUUCAGAACCCGGCCUACAACGUCAACCCCAUCGUCCCCUCCAAGCGCCCGCGCCCGUCCGAGGACGCGUCCAGCGCCUCGCCGCGCCCUGCUCCCGGCAACAUGAGCCUGUCGCGAUCGCAGACGCCCCAGCAGAUGACCUUCGCGCCCGGCGCCUUCCAGGGCAAUCAGCAGGGCCUCCAAGCCCCCAAUCCCUACCAGCACCUCCAGCACCAGGGCUCGUCCAACGCGACUCCCUCGCCCACAAUGCAGAGCCAGCAGUUCCGACCCCCGCAACAAGCUCAUCGCAUGAACACCAUGUCCCCAAACCCGUUCCCUCAGGGCCAGAACAUGGGCAUGUCGCCCGCGCCCGACCAAAACAGUCGCGUCAACACGCCGCAAAAUCCCGCCAUGACGCAGAUGGCCGCGAUGAACAUGAACAGCAUGAAUAGCAUGAACAACAUGAACAUGAUGCAAGGCUCGCCAACGGGCCAGGGCUUCAACCAGAACUUUGGCAUGAACCCGGGCAUGUCGGCUGCAGGCUUCAACGGCGCAAUGCCCGUGCAGGGAGUCGCGCUGUCCCAGAAUCUCCAACAACGCCAAGCAGACGCGCAGCGCCUAUACCAGAUGCGCCUCCAACAGCAGCAACAACAGAUCGCGGCCAACAAUUUGGCGCAAAGGCAACAGCAGGCGGGCGGCAUGAACAUGCUUGGAUCUUCUGGGCAGCAGAUGAACUCUGCCAUGGCUAUGGCUGGCGGCAUGCGCCCGAAUCAAGGAGGCAUGGCCAUGAACAAUCCACCAAAGCAACAGGAGGCGGCGUUCCUCAAUAACGUUCAAGCUCUGAUGCAGGCGCAGGGCAUGCCAUUCAACCCUCAGCCGAUGGUCUGCAUGCGCCCCGUGAACUUGAUGCAGCUGUACGCCACCGUUAUGAAGCACAGAGGAUCUAGGAAUGUUUCAAACAGUAACGGAUGGUCGCAAUUAGCGCACAUCAUGGGGUUCCCGCCGCAGCAAUUUCCGACCGCAGGGCAAGAAAUCCGAAUGGUGUACGAGCAAAAUCUGGGAGCAUACGAACAAGCAUGGCUGGCGAAGCAGCGGAAUAAGCAGGGUCAGCAGGGUCAGAUGCCGGGAAUGGGAGGCGCGCCGCAGGCUUCGCCGGUCAAAUCGAUGCCCGGCGGUGCGCAGGAUCUUGGGGCUCAACAGCAACAGUACCUUCAAAGGCUCCGCAGCACCCAGAUGCAAGCUCAACAGCAACAGCAGCAGCCUAUGGAUCAGGGCACACCGAUGCGAAAUAACUCGAUGCCUCAGGCGAAUGGAUGGGCGACCCCUCAGCCCGAUCCCAAUGCGGCUUCUCAGCAAGAACAACACAGAAAAAGCAUGAGUCGUCUUUUGGAGGCUACACCACAAGCGCAACCGGCAGGCUCAAUAAUAACUCCCUCGCCCGGACCCGGCGAAAAGCCACUUGAAUCCGUGCCCAAACGAGCAUCCACCGAGGCGUCGGCUGUGAACGGGACCGCAACACCGGCCGAGACAAAGGUCGUCUUGAGUUCGGAUUACAAGCCCAAGGUUCGCUCGCUGUUGGAUACUCACGGCGGGAUUCUAGUGGACGGGCACGGCAGUGUGGGCGAGAAGCUUGCGAAAUUGAAGCCUGACGUCCCUGGGGUGGAAGAGAUGGGAGUCAUUGACAUGCGCGCAAUAAGCUUGUCCCUCCAGUCUGGAAUCAGCCCGGAAGUCCGUUUUGCAUUGGACAUGCUCGUUCAGUUGUCUCACGAUCCUCGGCUACAUCUAGAGCUGGAGAAGUGCGAGGAUUUGAUGGAUGCGAUAAUAGAUUGCGCCGAAGAUCAGGUCGAUGCACUUGCAGAAGAUUCAGCCGAGGUCUCUGACAACCUUGAUCUCAUGUCAUACGAAGACGCAAUGCGGAAUUCCCGUAUGGAGUUGGAGUCGCUGCAAGAGUCGCCCGAAUGUGGAAGUCAAGCCUAUGAGCUUGACCGCUCUGCUGACCGUCUCAUCGCUAUCACCACCAUCCUCAGAAACCUCUCGUUUUUCGAGUCUAACCAUGCCCUCCUUUCCAGUCCAACAGUUAUCAAGUUCCUCUCGAACACCAUUCGUUUGCUUGGCACUCGAAUCAUGCUGCUUCGGAACAAUAUCAACACUGUCGAUUUCAUGAAAGACAUAGUAACUUUCCUCUCCAACACCUCAGACAAAAUAGAGCUGCCAUCUCGAGAUGACGCAUACAACAUUCUUUGCUUUAUUCUCGCCUUUGCCCCCUCCCCUGCUCCCAACAAUGGAGAGACCAUCCGAUUCGCGCCGUACAACCCCGCAAUCCAUCGGUAUCUCCCACCAGCAGUCGAUUUUUUGGCAAAACUUCUGGCACGAGACGACCCGAACCGCGCCUUUUACCGGCAACUAUUCCUGGCUGAUGCGGCCUCGACGCCGCCUUACGAUCUGCUGACCCGUUCAUUUGGGCUUGCAAUAUCGGUUGUUCCUGAGCGUGGACGCGGAGCCGAGUCGCGUAUCGCUGAAGCACGCAAACCCUAUCUCACACAGGGCAUGCUAGCGGCGGACAUACUCGCAGGCCUGUGCCCUGGCCCAGAAUCUGGAGUUGCACGCUCGUGGCUGGAGGCUGAAGACGGAUGGGCGAAAACGUUGGUGUGGCUGUCGGGGAUUCUGGCAAUGGAGCGGCAACCCCCGCCACCACCUCCACCGGGUAGGGGCAUGCCAAGACCUCCACUUGACCAGUUAGACGUUGGCUUCGGGCUCAUCACCCAUCGAGCACUGGCAAUGCUGCGAAAGUUGGGCGAAAAGGCACAGAGUGAGGACGAAGCCCGUGAGAAGCGUCUCUCUGUCGACUCUUUGCCAAAGGAUGAGGUUUUACUUGGCGCUCUUUGCAUGCAAAGCAUGGACGGCGUGGCGCUUAAAAAGCUGUGCUCCUUUGCUGAAUUGAAGGGAUGA